GACAAUUGUCGCGGACGACCGACGCGACCAUUGCUACAGUAUUCCGACCACAUGAAGGCUGCCGCGAUCGUCGCGUUGCUGGCGGCGUUGGUUACGGGCCAUGCCAUGGACUUGCCGACGUCCAAAAUCGACCCUGUCGUUGCUUCCUACGUGCAAAACGCUUCCACUGUUCCGUCUGUGGUGGUCGAGUUCGCUGCGACGCCUGCGUUCGACGCGAGUGCGCUGGCCAGGCUGCCCCGACCCGACCGCCUCGCGACUAUCACAACGCUUCUCGAAACCACGGCCAGGCAAAGCCAAGGCGGCGUCCUCGAGCUCAUUCUGGACGCCUUGACCAACGACCCGACCCUCCAAGCACAAUCCUACUACAUUUCGAAUCGGAUCUUUCUCAGCCAUGCGUCCGCGUCGCUAGUCCUUGCGAUCGCGGCCGACCCCGCGGUGUCCCUCGUUCGAACGGCGAUUCCCGACGGACAACUGCUCGGGUUUGUGACGUCGCCGAUCCAGAACGAUGCAACCUCGGCAGGCAACUUGGUUGCAUGGCCUAUCGAGCGGAUAAAGGCACCGUCGGCAUGGCAGCGAGGAGUUCGAGGAGCCAACGUCGUUGUGGGUACCAUCGAUUCAGGAGUUCGACACACGCACCAAAGUCUCAACUCGACGUAUCGAAGCGACCAUGGUUGGUUUGAUGCAACCGGUGGAGCGAGCCCAAGCCCGAUUGACUACAGCGGCCAUGGCACUGCAGUGACCGCGGCGGCCGUCGGUGGUGCUCCAGCGGCAACUUGGAUGGCCUGUGCAGCGUGCCAAAACGGCAGGUGCACCGAACGAGCGAUGACUGCGUGCGCGCAGUUCAUGCUUUGCCCGUCCUCCGUGGAAGGAUCGACCGCAGAGUGCGGCUUGGCACCGCACGUGAUCGUGAAUGGAUGGCACACAGACGCUGCGAGCUGGUUCACCCCCGUCCUGGUGGCGUGGAACGUUGGCGGCAUCGUGCCAAUAUUUGGCUCUGGCGUCACUCAGCAACUCGUGGAUGGCGUCAGCCCUCGGCAGUGCAGCACGGUAGCCGGCCCGGCUAGCUCUGACUUGGCGCUCGCGGCAGUUCCAACCAACGUUGGCGAUUCCGUGACGGAAUUCGGUCGGUUCGGUCCGGCGCAGGAGUACCGUGUAAAGCCGGACAUUGCAGCUCCGGGGAAUGCAGUGCGGACCGCAGACGCCUCCGCCGACGACGCGUACAUCGUCCGAAGCGGCGCGUCGCUAGCCGCGGGCUACACGGGUGGGGCGGUGGCACUGUAUUUAUCUGCGUUCCCCCAUGCAACAUUUGAAGACAUUUUUGUGGCGCUGACAACAUCGGCAGCCAGGACAAAGUCGGUCGGGCUUCGGUGCGGGGGCCUACCAGACGACAGCUUUCCAAACAACGUGGCCGGGGCUGGCCGGUUGGACAUCUCCCUCGCGCUGGGCGUGGUGUCCGCGCCUCCAAACAAUCUGAUGUCGGCCAAGGUUCCGACUGCGACAACGACAACGGAUAGCCCAAGCGUGCUGGUCGGGAUCACCACGAAUGCCCCAUCCAACGGCACGCACGACCGCAACGCCACGGCUGCACCCACGGACACGAUUGCGUUUGCCAACUCCGAGACGUGAUCAAGACGAAGGAUGGAUGGCCCGGGGUAGUACAGUGAAAUAUAUCGUGUGGUUGUCCUGUCC